AACCAAUUAUGUUUUGUUAAUCAUGUUUAUUUGUUAGUGUUCUAGAGUUUUAUUCAUGGAACAUGAGCUUCAUGGUUUUUUGAAAUGAAAAAAAAAUACUGAAACUUGUUGAAACUUGAAUAGUAAGUAGUAUUAGCAGGUCUCUUUAGAGUAAGAAAAAUGUAUAUGGAAUGGUAUAACCGGGCGAUUGUUUUGUUUAUCUUAAGAUGAUUUGCCUUCUCCAACUUCUGAAAAUUUGCUUAUACAGAAGAAUUUUAAAGCAAUUUUCAGUAUUUGAUAGCCUGUUACUGCUAGACAAUGAGAAAUAGAGAAACAAAAUUGUUUGAUUGAUACGUCUGUGUACGCUGUAAUUUGGUUUAGCAAUAAUAAAUAGAAGAAUUAACUAAAGCAAGCCCAAUUGGCCCAUCAUACAUCACAUUUUUGGAUCCAUCACACUAUUGUUUGAUUGAUCUGUUCCAUAAGCAAAUAUAAUAGUGUCUGUGUUACAUAAUACCCUGUAAUUGGGUUUAGCAGUAAUAAUAGAAGACCUAACUAAAGCAGGCCCAAGGCCCAUCACACUUCACGUUUUGGAUCCAACAAGCAUUCGUCUUUAGUUUCAGCUUCCUGAAUACGCAAAAAUAUCAAAAUGCCCUUACAUUAUUAGUAAAUUUACGACAUGCCCAAAAUUAAAUCUAAAUUCAAAAUCUCCGAAAACACCUCCUUCUCUCGUCGUCACCAUCUCCGCCGUCGAUCCGCUGCCGUCAUGCCGUCGUCAAUAUCGGAAUUCUCCAAAUCGUGGCCGCGGAAAGGAUCCCUGCGAACCACAUUGGUGACUGAUUCAUGUUUUAUGGAUGAGAAACAAUCACAUCAUCAGUAUGAAACUCCACCAGGUUGCUGUUUACAACGUGUAACGAGGUUCAUUUUACACGAUGAAGAUGUGUAUUAUGAGAUUGGUUUUUCUGAAAUACAUUUUCAGAUCUGCUCGUCUGAUGACUCUCUCUCGCAAUUGUAAACACCAUGUCUUUCCUAGCUUCCACGGGCCAGAUGUCCGUAGAGGCUUUCUCAGCUACUUACUGAAGGAGUUAAGAGAGAAAGCAAUCGACGUCUUCAUAGACAAUGAUAUAGAGAGGAGCAAGUUGAUUGGUCCCGAGCUCACAGAAGCUAUAAGAGGAUCGUUAAUUGCAGUUGUCUUGAUCUCGCGGAACUACGCUUCAUCAACAUGGUGUCUGAACGAGUUGGUGCAGAUCAUGAAGUGUUGGGAAGAAGAUAAGCAGACGGUGGAGGUGAUUUUCUAUGAAGUGGAUCCAUCUGACGUGAAAAAGCAGAAGGGCGACUUCGGAGCUGUCUUUGAUAAAACUUGUGCAGAGAAAUCAACGGAGGAAGUUGUCCUUAGAAUCCGAUGAAGUUGUCCUUUCUGGAGAAAAGCUUUGCAUAUUGUGGCUCAAAUCGCUGGUUACCAUACAAGCAACUAUGAUGAUGAUGCAGUCAUGAUUGCAAAAAUUGUUACAGAUGUUUCGAACAAGUUCAUUGAUUCUACAACAUCAAAUGAUUCCGACAGCUUAGUUGGGAUUGAAACUCAUAUACGGGAGAUACAGACAUUGUUGUCCUUAGAAUCCGAUGAAGUCCGGAUGGUUGGUAUCUGGGGUCCUGCUGGAAUUGGUAAGACGACCAUCGCCAGAGCUUUAUACGGAGAGCUCUCUAGUAAGUUUACACAUGCUGCUUUUAUUGAGAGUAUCCAAGGGAAGUUUGAGCAAAAUUAUCGUGACGAGCACGCCUUCAUGUUGCAUUUACAAGAAAAACUUUUGUCUGAGACCUUAAAUCAGAAAGAUUUUAAAAUAGGUCAUUUGGGUGUGGCAAAAGCAAGACUGAAGGACAAGAAAGUGCUUGUCGUUCUUGAUGAUGUGGAUGACUUAAAGCAGCUAGAAGCCAUGACUGACAAAACUUGCUGGUUUGGGCCUCAAAGUAGGAUUAUCAUCACAACAAAGGAUAAAAAGCUUUUUGUAGCACAUGAGAUCAACCAUAUUUACCAAGUGGAUUUUCCAUCUACAUCUGAAGCUCUUGAAAUUCUCUGUCUGUCUGCUUUUCGUCAACAUUCACCUUCAUCAGGGUUUGAGGACAUGGCCAUAGAAGUUACACGGCUCGCCGGUCGUCUUCCUUUGGGUCUAUGUGUUUUUGGCGCUUAUCUGCGAGGAAUGUCCAGGGAUCGGUGGAUACAUGCAUUACCUAGACUCAGGACGAGUCUUGAUGGGAAGAUUGAGAAAGUGUUAAGGUUCAGCUAUGAUGCUUUAUGCAAGGAAGAUCAAGAAUUGUUUCUUCAUAUAGCAUGUUUUCUCAAAGGUGAAUGGAUUACUGACGUGGUGGAGUGUCUUGCGGAGAGUCGUUUGAACGUCAACCACGGGCUCCAAGUGUUGUUGGAUAAAUGUUUCAUAUCUAUACGCAAAUGGGGACGGUUGGCGGUGCAUAAUUUGCUUGAGCAAUUGGCUAAAGAUAUUGUCCGUAAACAGUCUGAUAAUCCUGGGAAACGUCAGUUCUUGGUGGAUGCUCAGGACAUUUGUGAUGUGCUCGAGGAAAAUGCUGGCACUGAAACCAUUAGAGGAAUAGAUUUUGACUUAUCGGAGGUCAGGGGAGACUUAAUUAUUGACGAGCGAGCCUUUGAAGGGAUGUCUAGGCUCCAGUUCUUAAGAUUUCAGAAACGGGGUUUGUAUAACAACACCAAACUUCUCCUACCCCAGGAUCUGAAGUUUAGAGCUAGUAAACUUAGAUUUCUUGAAUGGGAUCAGUUUCCGCUGGCAUGUUUUCCUCGUGAGUUUCAACCGCGGCGUCUUGUCAAACUUAUGAUGGAGCACAGCAAGCUUGAAAAGCUGUGGGAAGGACCUAUUCCUCUCCCUUGUCUGAAGUUGAUAGAGCUGUCUAGUUCCGACUACCUCAAAGAACUUCCGGAUCUGUCCAAUGCCACUAGUCUCAAGGUACUGAGGGCUGGUUUUUGCUCAAGUCUGUCGGAGAUCUCCUCUAUUGGGAAGUCCACUAGUCUCGAGGAGUUACAUCUCGCUGGUUGCUUUGAGUUGAUUGUGAUCCCCUCGUCCAUUGGGAAUGCUAUUAAUCUCAAGACGUUGAAUGUCCAGGUGUGCCAGGGUCUGGUUGAACUCCCCUCCUCUAUUUGGAGCCUUAAGAAGUUAAAGAAACUGUUAAUUGCAGGAUGCCCAAACCUUAACCAUUUGGGGUCACAGUUGAGAAGCUUUCCUGAUAUUUCCGGAAACAUUACAGAAUUAGAUAUGAGUAAUACAGCGAUAGAAGAGUUUCCUUCGUCAAUCAUGGCUUUUUCGUGUCUUCGUAAACUCACAACAAUGACUGCCGAAAGUCUCAGGGUGUUUCCAGAUGUUCCUGACACCAUCGAAGUGUUAAAAUUGCACAAUGCGGGAAUAGAAGAAAUUCCUCCGACGAUUAAGAAUCUCUCACGUCUCACUACACUAAGCAUGCCUCGCUGCAAGAAGCUAAAGGUCCUUCCAACCAACGUCAACCUGCAAUCGCUCUCUUCACUUGAUCUCAGUUCCUGCACACAAUUGAGAACUUUUCCAGAGAUAUCUGUAGGCAUUAGAUCUCUUAAUCUGAGCAAUACUGGUAUAGAAGAAGUCCAUUCAUCCAUAUGGUCUUGGUCCAGUCUUCUUAAAUUGAACUUGGAAGAUUGCCACAGCCUUCGGGUGUUCCAUUGCGUUCCUGACAACAUCGAAGAGUUGGACUUGAGAAAUACGGGAACAGAUUUCUCAGGUGGGGAUUUACGUAUAAACCUCAAAGGGUGCAAGAAUCUUGUGUCACUGCCCCACAUUCCGUAUCGCGUCUCAUACCUUGAUGCAUCUAACUGUGAGUCGCUGAAGAGAAUAGAUGGCUUAGUUAGCAAUCCAGAGAGAUGUCUCAGUUUUGCUAACUGUUUCAAGCUGAGUGAAGCAGCGAGAGAACUCAUCGAGGAAUCGGAUUACAAGUUUGCGCUCUUACCUGGUGGAGAACUGCCUGCAGAAUUUGAUCACCGAGCAAGAGAGGGUUUACUAACUGUCAAUUUGGAUCAGAGCCCUCUACCUUUAUUCUUACGAUUUAAAGCUUGCCUUUUGCUGCUUCAUGGACACUAUAUAGAGGACGAGGAUGCCAGUGAGGAUGAUAAGGACGAUGAAUGGAUGGGUGCCAAGAGGCUUUUCUGUGACAUCUGGUACGUUCAGAAUGGCCUCUAUGUUGGACAUGGAUCCUGCAAGUACCAGCUACCAGCAGUACUUGGAUUCAAGGAGCAUCUGUAUUUCUUGGAAUCUUCCAUUUCACUAAACCUUCCUGAAACAGAUGAGAAUGUCAGCGAGCUUCAUUUUGAGUUCAAGAUCACUGGUAAAUACUGGGAUGUAAAAGACUUUGGUCUACAGCUCUUCGAAGACCCUGAUGUUCGUGAUGACCAUGUAUGCUGUGGUGAUACUUACAAAGAAACUGCGGACAUCAAUAUUAGAGAAAACUUACAUGCAGGAACAAUGUGAAGAGAAACAAUUUAAGAGCUAAGCUUUCUGGAAAGAAGCAACUUACUGGGUUCUGACAAUGUUUGUGGGCCUUUUUUUAAAUCAUUCCUAAGCAAUGGGCCUUACUAAAUGAUUAAUGGGUCUAACUAAAUGGGCUUAAAUCCGAAACA